AUUAUGCGAAGAAUAAACCCUAAAGUUGUUAGUUUUCUCUGUAGUUUAUCGUAGAAAUAGAUCAUAUAUCUAUCUAUUGGUAUCAGAGACGAGUUGAUCCGUGGCAAUCACAAUGGUACUCGAGACCAGAAACGGUGAAGUGAAAGGUGCUAUCGACCAUAGGUUUCAAGUCGUUGACAAACAAAUCAACGACAUCAAUGCGACAAUGACGACGAGAUUUCAAAAGGCUCAAGACGACCGGGCAUGACUUAGGAAAGAGAUGGCGUCGAUGCAGGCAGCCUUGCAACAGAUCACAAAUCAGAUCCAACACUUGUCUGGGUCAAUCGCCAGAGUGACCAAAGGCAUGCUUGGAACUACACCGGUAGCUGCGCUGGACCAGGCCACGAAGAUGACUUCCCCUCAGUUAACGCUCAAAGCAAAGGGAGCUGAGGUUUCAGGUAUUACCGGCAGAAAAUGUGUACAGGGCUCCGAAAAGAGACCCAUCGUCGUGGGAGAGAGCCAUUCUGGUGUGGUAUCCGCCACGAGGGCAGCGUUGGGGUCAUUGGCUGUGAAUGGCGAAUCUUGUGGUCUCGGAGGGAUUGUGGCGGCGACACCAACUCACAACCACCUACGGGAAGCAUGUCAGUUCCCGAUGGCUUGAAUACGACUAUUUAGCCGAGCCAGCAAUCGGCUGCCGGAUUUCGUCCGUCCUGCAACUAGAAGAAGAUUAGACUGUACCUUCUGGACUUCCACCACCGGGCUUCGAUUUUGGAAGGGGAACAGGUCGCUAUGGGAGCAGUUCGAACGACGGGGGUGGUCCAUUUGCCGAUGGUAGCUUCGUGGUAUCUGCUGAAUCUAUGGUUGCAGGGCUCCAAACUGGCAAAAAACAUAGAGGUAAAUAAUAAUUCUGAAACUGU